AUGGGAAUCAGUGAAACAAAGUGGAAAGGUAGUGGAAGUAGAGAAGUGGGACAGGGAUACAGGAUUUGGUGGUCUGGAGGAGAAAUUGGAAGAAGAAAUGGAGUAGCUAUAGUCAUGGACAAAAAGAUGACAAGCAGAGUGAUGAAAGUGGAUGUGGUAAGUGAAAGAAUUAUUAAGGUUACGGUCAGAAUGGAGGGGGAGAUAAUGGACAUAAUACAGGUAUACGCACCACAAACAGGAUGCACGGACGAUGAGAAGAGAGAGUUUGAAGAGGAUCUGGAAAGACAAGUAAAAGAAGAGAGAACAAUAAUAAUUGGGGAUUUUAACGCACAAGUGGAAGCCGAGUCCGGUCCUGCGGGUACAUUCUCCUCAGAUGUUCGUGUCAGCAGCGGAGUAGCCGCAACACCUGUUCUCCCUGUUACACGAAACCGAACUGACACUAGCGAUAGCAAACCUAGUUCUAAGAAUGUGUUAGUGUUAGGUGAUUCAAUGAUUCGACACGCUAUUCCAAGUACUCUUAGCGAAGAAGUGAUCCUGGAAUGUCGCCCAGGCGCUAGAAUAACUGAUUUAAAAGAAGUAUUGUUGAGCUAUGUGAAUCACAGGUUUUCAGUUAUACAUAUUCAUGUGGGCACGAACAAUCUGAGGAGAGGUUACAGGGGAGGUCCAGGAUACAACGGGGGCCACGGCAAGCGUGAGGCUCUUCACGACAUGGCUGAUUUGCUGUUUACGACUAAAACAAUUUUUCCCAAAUUCAAAAGUUUUCGUAGACAGCAUAAUUAUUCGAUCCGACAUUAG